AUGAUUAUAAUUAAAUUUAUCCUACGAACAACAUGUAUUGAUUCAUCUGUUGAUGAUUUAACGACAAAUUCUUUAUUGGAACAACAUAAGAAUAAUUUUACUUCAUCCAAUAAACUUGUCAAUAGAAUAUCGUCUCAAAUAAAAUCCUGUUCAAAAUGGAAUCGUAUUGGAGAGACGAUCGUAGGAAAGGAAUUAAAUACACAUCUGAAUGAUUUAGAAAGCAUUACAAUUAUCGGUAUUGAUACACUAUAUGUUGUCGAUCGUUAUAAUGAAAAAACUCGAUUACAAAUAUUUUCAAAUGGUUCACUUGUUGGUCGUACAUUAUGGAAUGGACUUGGUUCUAUCGUUUUAAUCGAUGAGAAUGGUACGUUUUACACAAGUUCCCAUGAUGGAAAUAUUGAACGUUGGUCAGAAAAUGGAAAAGAAGGAAAGAAAAUAAAUUGUCAAUGCAAUCAAUGUUCUCGUAUAUGGUUUGAUUCGGAAAAACAAGAAUUUUAUAUUGUCGAACGUUUUCGUUCUCGUAUUAUUAAAUGUAAUAUUAACACAAAUACAACGAUUACUAUAGCUGGAACAAUAGAUAUCGAUGGAUUUUCAAAUAAAACACUUUCUUAUCCGUAUGCUUUGUAUAUUAACGAUGUAAAAGAUAUAUAUAUUACUGAUGUAAACAAUCAUCGCAUACAAAAAUGGAAACAAAAUGCAACGAUUGGUAUUAUUACUAUUGCUGGACAGACAAGAAAAAUAGAUCAAUCAAACACUACUCUUCAUCGACCAUACGAUAUUAUAGUUGAUACAAAUGGUUUCAUUUAUAUUGCUGAUAUGAUUAAUCAUAGAAUUCUUCGAUGGAAAGAAGGAGAGUCUCAAGGUGAAGUUAUUUGUGGUAUAACAGGUGAAUCUAGAAAUUCUACAUUGCAUCUCAAUCGACCGAAAUCAUUGGCAUUCGAUUUCGAAGGCAAUCUCUACGUUGCUGAUGUUGGAAACAAACGAGUACAAAGAUUUACUAUUGAUAAUAGCGCCUGUCUUUUACCAGAAUCCGAAUCUGUUGGAGACCAUUGGUCAUUUCUUCGACAAAAAUUCUAUGCAUCCAAAGUGGAACAAGAGAAUAGUACUAAACUUGGCUUCGGUUACAAUCCAUUAAAAGAUUCUUCUGUAUGUUACACAGAAACUUGUCAAAGAAGAGAUUUUGGUUUACCUAUUUUCAAAUUCAAAUAUUCCAUUCCACUUAAAGGACUUUGUACUAAUAAACUUAUACCAGAAAAUGUGAAAGUUAAUUGCAUAUCUUCACAGAAUAAUAAUAUUGAAACACAGAUUAUCAAUACAUUAAAAUAUGCUGAUUCUUCUUUUUCUUAUGCUUACUCGAGAGAAAUACAUUCAAUGAUUGAUAUGUUGAUGAAAGACAAUUCCACAAUACUUUUUACUUCUGUCAACGUAACAUCAACGUAUCUCUCGAUAGUUGAAUCAAACUCUGAGCUAUCGGAUGAGUUUCGUUCUGUCAUUGAACAUAUACCUUGCUGUGAUUUUAAUGAAACUGUCGAAAAAUAUAUUCGUGAAUUUUUAAUUGGUUAUUUUGGUUAUACAUAUAUUAAAGAUGUUCAACUUGGCGGUAUUAUUAAACAAAAAAUUAUUAUUACACACAACGAUCGUAUUAGAUUAGAGCAAAAUGGAUUUAAUACGUCAAAUGAAACAUGGUUAAAAGACAUCGCUAAAAACAUCUUUUCAUUUCAAAAGAAAUUAAAUCAGACGAAAACACAUGAUAAAAUAUUAAUUAAUACUUUCAAUAAAUAUUCUACUAAAAGUGAUGUUAUGAUAUUGGGUGGGAAGACUUCAAUACGAUCAUUGAAUGACUGGUACAAAUCAGUACCGCAUAGUCCAAUCGUUAUGAAAAUUGGUAUUUCUAGUAUUUCUGAUCUGUUGACAACUCAUCAUUUUCCUACCGAUUCGUAUAUUAAUCAAAAAGCUGUACUUAUUCAAUCUGUCGUUGAUCGAUAUUUAUCAAAUCCGAUAUACUGUUAUAGUCAAUGCACGGAUACUGAACAUGGAAUAUGUGUUGAUAGUGGUUACUUCCGAUUUGGUGUUUGUAAAUGUAAAUCGGGUUGGACGGGAUUUGAUUGUGCAACACCUAUUUAUCAUUAUAUCGACACAGUGCACAGCAAUAUAUCACCAAUUUGGAAUACGAAAGCAGGAAGAAAUAGUAAUUCAACUUCGAUAGGUUAUAGUAAAGGACAAAUGCCACCAAAUGAAACAAUUUCUAAUAUUAUCGAUCGUAAUAUUCACACAAAAUAUACAAGUUUCGGAUCUAGUUCAGCUGAUGUUAUUAGUCGAAGAAGUGGUUUAAAUACAGGAUUUUAUAUAAUACUCAAUACUAGUAUUUGUAUUGUCACUGGAUUUCAAUUUACAACUGCAAUUAAUCAACCAAAACGAGAUCCAAUAAUGAUCACACUUGAAGGAAGCAAUGCUGAUAAUUCUUCUCUAACAUUCGGUACAAGUUGGACAUUGAUAUAUAAUGGAUCGAGUGGACUUGAAAUAGAUCCAGGUCGUGGAAAAGUAGGUUCUCUUCAAAUACUGAAUAACAGUCAACCUUAUCGAAGUUAUCGAAUGUUGGUGAUAUCGAAAAGAGAAAUUGAAAGUGGUGUACACUAUUCAGAAUUUGCUUUGUAUGGUCAUUCAUGUUUACCAGAAACUCAUAUACAAACAAGAAAUAUAAUGACGCAAACUAUGAGUGCAUAUAUGAGAGUCACUAACGACUAUCCACAACCACUCAUAUUAACAACAUCGACGAAUAUGAAUAUGAAAGAUACAUUUCCUAGUCAAACCAUUGAAGCAGUUCCAGUACAAUAA